AUGGGUGUUCCAAAGUUUUUCCGCUGGUUGAGUGAGCGGUAUCCAGCUAUAUCACAGCUGAUCGCGGAGAAUCGCAUACCGGAAUUCGACUGCCUCUACCUUGACAUGAACGGCAUCAUACACAACUGCACGCACAAAGACUCGGAUUCGCCUACUUUUCGCAUGACGGAAGACCAAAUGUUUAUCGCAAUUUUCAACUAUAUCGAACAUCUAUAUGGGAAAAUCAAGCCCAAGCAGCUGUUCUUCAUGGCUGUCGAUGGUGUCGCUCCUCGCGCCAAGAUGAACCAGCAGCGUUCUAGGCGAUUUCGCACUGCUCUGGAUGCUGAGAACGCGAAAGAAAAGGCCAUCGCUCAGGGAAUCGAAAUGCCCAAAGAAGACGCAUUUGAUAGCAAUUGUAUUACCCCGGGAACCGAAUUUAUGGCUCGCUUAACGCAACAAUUGAAAUACUUCAUUAGCAAAAAGAUUUCAGAGGACGUGGAUUGGCAAGGUGUCGAUAUUGUCCUCUCUGGUCAUGAAGUUCCUGGAGAAGGUGAGCACAAGAUUAUGGAAUACAUUCGCCAAGCAAAAGCUCAACCCAACUACGACCCCAACGUGCGCCAUUGUCUAUACGGAUUGGACGCGGAUCUGAUCAUGCUUGGUCUUCUCAGUCACGAUCCCCACUUUUGUCUAUUGCGAGAGGAAGUUACGUUUGGAAGACAGACCCAAAAAAAGUCGAAAGAACUCGAACACCAAAACUUCUAUUUGCUGCACCUUUGCAUUGUUAGGGAGUACCUAGAGUUGGAGUUUCAGGAAUUGAAAGACAAUCCUGAUCUAGGUAUCCCUUACGACAUGGAACGAAUAAUAGACGACUUUAUUCUGAUGGCUUUCUUUGUUGGAAAUGAUUUCUUACCCAAUUUGCCAUACAUGCACAUCAACGAGGGUGCUCUCGGAUUAAUGUUCAGGAAAUACAAAGAGGCGCUACCAAGAAUGGGCGGUUACAUCAACGAAGGCGGCAGCAUCAAUCUUCAACGUCUAGGCACCCUCCUCGAAGAACUUGGCGAAUCUGAAUUCAGAUUUUUCGAGGCCGAAUAUUCUGAUGAGAAAUGGAUUCGCUCGAAAUCCCAAGGUGUUGAGACCGUGGAGCUACAAAAGACCCCGAAAUCCUUCACCAUUACUCCAUCGCAAAAACAAAUUCUCAAGGACGUGAAGCAAUACGUUCUUAACCGUCCUUCAAGUGCGCAGCAUGCCAAGCCAUUUGAUCUUCCCCCGUCACUCCCUGCAAGAGAUCGCAAAUUUGUUGAGCAGCUUGCAGACGACCUUCGAUUGAUGUGGACGACAAUUACGGAUGACCAUGGUGACCGGUUUAUCAGACUGCAGCUUCCAGGAUCUACUUCCUCCGAUGAAAAUGGUGAGAAUGAAGAGGAGGAGGAGGAAGAGGAAGAUGAAGAAGCAUCCAUGGCACUUCGUCGAGUAAUUAAAAAGUACGACAAUGCUAAAGUUCAUGAGCUUACCGCCGAGGAAGCCCAAACUGCUGCUGAGCAGAAAUAUGAUGCCAAAUUCAAGGAGUGGAAGGACAAGUAUUACAAGGACAAGUUUGGAUUUGGUCUUGACAACGAAGCGGAAAUGAAGAAAUUGACUGAGAACUAUGUGCAAGGUUUGCAGUGGGUACUGUAUUACUAUUACAGGGGAGUUGUGUCUUGGCCGUGGUUCUUCCAGUACCAUUACGCGCCAAUGAUUUCUGAUGUCAAACUAGGUGUCGGGGCUGAUAUCGACUUCAAACUGGGACAACCCUUCAGGCCCUUUCAGCAGCUUAUGGGAGUUCUUCCAGAUCGCAGCAAGAAGAUUGUCCCCACCGCAUACUGGGAUUUGAUGACAUCUCCAGAAUCGCCCAUCAUUGACUUUUAUCCUCGUGACUUUGAGCUCGAUAUGAAUGGCAAGAAGAUGGAAUGGGAGGCGGUCGUGAAAAUCCCUUUCAUUGAGGAACACCGCUUGCUCACUGCGAUGGCUUCGAAGGAACACCUCCUAACCCCGGAUGAAAAGGCUCGAAAUGACUUUGGCGUCAGUCUUAAAUUCACCUACUCGCCUUCUAUUGAGUUUGUCUACCCAUCGUCACUCCCCGGGGUAUUUCCAGACAUCCCGCAUUGUCAUUGUAUUGAAAAUAUCUUUGACCUGCCGACGGUAGAAGGACUUGAGCCAUGGGCACGCCUUGUCGAUGGCGUCAAGCUUGGCGCAUCUGCGUUGGCAGGUUUCCCUAGUUUGAAGACUUUGCCGCACGCCGGACAACUCGCCUUCCAUGGGGUCAAUGUUUUCCAGCAGGAGAGUCGGAAAGAGAGUAUGGUCAUCACUCUUCUUGACCCUGAGUCCAGGUCAAAUAUUGAACUUGCCAAGCAAAAGCUUGGACAACGAGUUCAUGUUGGAUAUCCGUUUCUUCAAGAAGGUCUCGUGGUCCGGGUUUCCGAUGAACUUUUCGAUUAUGUGCUUCCUAAGGGCGAGCAGCAUGUGGUCUCCAUACCGCAUUCCCCUCCUCAGAUAGAACAGUGGGCCCGAAAAUCCGACAAAAUUGAGGGUUACUACAGCAAGCGGCUUGGUAUGAUUGUGGGCUCCGUGGAUGCGAUAGUCCACAUAGACCUGCUUAAGGGACUGAACAAAAGUGACGACGGCGCGACGAUCAAGGAAUUCGGAGAGAUCCCGGGACAAGAGACCGAUUACGCCUUACAGCUCAUUGUUGAUCAAGUUAUCAGCGAAGACGAGCGCUUCAUUGAAAGGGAAGCGUUACCAAUCGAAGAGGAGUUCCCCGAGGGCUCCAGGGGGUUCUUCCUCGGCGAAUUCAACUACGGAAGAGCCGUUCAGGUUAUUGGCCAUGAAAAUGGCAAAGUCAAUGGAGUAUUAGCCGCUGUGAAAGGAAAGGAACCUGAGUUUGGAAAACGACAUGCUCGGGAAGCAGAGAAGCUUUCGCCUUACACGCCAUCGUUUGCCAUUGCAAGAAACCUGCGUCUGAAUCCUCUAGUGUUGGCAAAAAUCACAUCGUCUUUUUCUGUGACGAUAGAUGGCCAGCGUGUCAAUCUUGGCCUUAACCUGAAGUUUGAGGCGAAAAAACUAAAAGUACUGGGAUACUCGCGCCGCGGAGAUAGUGGAUGGGAAUUCAGUCUCAAGGCUGUUGAGCUUAUCCAACAGUAUAUGAUCAAUUUCCCUGAUUUCAUCGCCGGCAUUCAACGGAAUCCGCAGGGUGACAAGUACGAACCGACGGACUUUUAUCCCGAAGAUAUUGCAAUGGCGAAGAUUAAAGAGAUCAAGAACUGGCUUAAAUCAAUUGAGGCCAAACACUUUGAAAAAGUGCCUCUUGAUGCAGAGCAAUUGGACUCUGAUGUUGUGAAGCUCAUUGAACUUGAUGCCGAUCGCUUGGUACAGACCCAAUCACAACCAGAAAUCAAGAAACUGAAGAGUGUCCCUCGACAAGGUCUCUUGAAACCAGCUGAUGUGGAACAUCGACUUGGAAACCAAAGGUUCUCUCUUGGGGACCGCGUUGUUUAUGCGCAAGAUUCGGGCAAAGUACCAAUUGCUACGAGAGGAACUGUGGUUGGCCUGACACGCACACCGCGAACAGUUCUUCUAGAUGUUGUUUUUGAUGUAUCGUUCAUGAGCGGAACCUCGCUUGGUGAUCGCUGUUCGCCUUUCAGAGGCCAAACCGUUCCAGUUCACUCCGUCCUCAACCUCACAGAUCGACAGCUAAUUGCUGGAACACGUGCUGCAACGAACCAACAAGCUCAGAUAGGGUCGCAAAAUGUAGGAUACGGUGCACCGCUGGGACCUGGUGGACAGGGACAGCUGAAAGAAGCCCAUGCUCCCGCUCCGCUACGAGGUUCUUACCGCGGUGCUAUCGCCGGGCAACAAAAUGGCUAUGCCUCCCGUGGUGGUCGAGGUGGUGCGAAUGGCGCAUCGACAAACCUACCGUUUCGCCCUCACCCCACUACAGAUGGGUAUGCAAAUGGCAACAAUUUCCGUGGAGGACGAGGUCGUGGGCGUGGCACUCGUGGCCAGACGCACGCUACUAGGGGCGGAUACACCGCUCUAGAGAAUGGGAACCCCGAGGAGGGAGUUAUUAACCAUAACCCAAACUUUAGGCCUCAAAGCUUCAACCGGGUUCCGCCGCCAGCCAGUCUGAACAAUGGAGGUGGACGAGGCCACCCUAAUGGAGAUCGCGGACGGGGCUCGCGAGGAAAUCCGUCGCGCGGCCGUGGUGGUGCAGACAGAGGAAAGAAAAGAGUCGCUCCUCUUGAUCUGUGGCAGUGGUACAAACGAUGCACGCAGGCUAAGGAAUGGGGUCGCGACAGAAAUCGAGGCAGAUACAACAAACCUGCUGGGUUUGAUCAUCGAUCAAAGUCACCACCUACAGCGCGCCCCGGCCCCUCACCCAGCGACGACUUUGCCGGCAAUAACGCUACAUCUUUUACUACGCCAUCCAUUCCUCGAGGGCCAUCAUCACCGGGUCGCUCGCGUAUCGACCGAGACAUGAAGCUGUCUCACGAAGCAAGCGAAAACCCAUCUCGCGACUCGCCACAACGUGAUCUCGAUUUUUCAGGCUCGUAUCAAAAAAGGAAGCGGAGUCGUAGCCGUUCUCCUCAAGACUCUCACCGGGAUCGCCACCGUGACAACCGGAAUAAUAACCGAUACGGUUCACGUGGGCGACCUAACAACCGUGGGAAAAAUCAAAGAAAAGAACGGUUCCAGGAUAACUCGUCAAAAAAUUAUCCAAACCGGCGAAGAAAACCGAACAAGUUCGGAUCUCGUCAAGAAGAGAUUGAACCCAAUUCUCGCCCCUUCGACUCGCAUUCGUCUUAUCCAGCAGGUCGACGAGACUCUCGACCGGACACAAACUUCCCACGAUCGACCAGUCGUGACUCUGUGCACGAGGACCGUUUCGAACGCGGUCAGUCACGACAUUCCGCCCGCUCAGCGUUUUCCAGGUACUCAAGAUCUGCCUCACCAAACCAAGAUCGCCAAAUGAGCCCUGGUCGAUCAUUCCAUCCUGUUGGGGAGGACCCAAAGAGGUCUCCAUCUCGAUCAAUUCCAGCUUUUGAUUCUGGCAAUCUCGAUGAUGCUCCAGACGAAGGUCGCAUGCAAGGAUCUUUCUCCAGACAUUCCUCCAGGGCACCAGACGCACACGCCAACCAACGAGGAAGACAUGUGAAUUAUAAUAGUCCAUAUCGUGAUUCGCCUCAAUCCGGAUCACCUCACUCUAGUAGCCGGGGAGGAUGGACCGGGCAGCACGGGAACCACUCUCCUCAGUAUAGACCUCAAGGAGCACCACACGGACCCUCAUAUCAAAGUUCCAAUCACAACCCGUCCAGUCACCCUAGUUCACCUCAGCGUGGGAGUCAUCGAGGCGACUAUCAAGACCGUCGAUUUACCAACCAUGGCUCGCAGUCUUACGGUGGAUCAGCUUCACAUCGUGCUAGAGGGCACUUUAGUAAUCUCCAAUGGGUUGCAUCGGGAUCGCGGACCCGUGGGGGUCAUCACGAUUCUCCUGAGUCUCAUGAUUUCUCCGGUCCAAGCACACCACCGGCUCAGCAUCAACUAGAUGAUAAACCACUAGCUGAUUCCGAAGACUAUCGCACUGCUUCCCACCUACCCGAGGAUACGUACAAUGAAGGACCGAAACACGACUCCGAAACCGAAAACAACCAGAAAAUGCCUCCGCCUGGUAGGCCGUCCAGUACCUCAACAACUCCAGCCAAGGAAGGAGGCAAAUUCAGUUUUGCCUUUAAAUCAAAGGCAGCUCCUACACCUGCAACCAAGCCUGUUCCUGAUUUAGCACAACGAAUGCAAGUUCGAGAGCCUCCACGAGCUCCCGGACCGCCCCCUCGGGCACCAGACCCUCCACCGCGGCAUAGGCUUCCAGGCCCCCCUCCUCCCAAGUUCAACAAACACGACUCUCGGCCUGAUCGACGAGACCGAGGUCGUGAUUUCUACCGUGGGCGAGGGAGGGAAGACGGGAGAGAUUUUCGUGAUAGAAACCCCCGAGACUCUCGAAGAGAUGAUCGACGCUUCAAUUCGCAUGAUGAUAGACGACGUGAUGAUCAUCGACCAGAUGGUAGACAGGACCGACGCCGCGAAAGGUCGCCUGAGCCGAAAAGGCAGAAAAAGAUGGUCAAGCGCUUAAAGCCUCGUCCAACGUUACCGGAAGAAUAUCGGGAGUCUGAAUCUGUUUAUUAUCGCAAACCUGGAAACGAAUCCGUUAUCGGUGCCGGUACAUAUGGAAAAGUUUUUAAAGCAAUACAUAUAUAUACCCAAGGAAAGGUUGCUUUGAAGCGAAUAAGGAUGGAAGGGGAGAAGGAUGGUUUCCCUGUUACUGCCAUUCGAGAAAUUAAAUUGCUGCAACAUCUACGACACGACAACAUCAGCCGGCAACUUGAUUACACCAAUCGUGUGAUCACAAUUUGGUACCGACCUCCGGAAUUGCUUCUUGGCGACACUCGGUAUGGGCCUGCAGUCGAUAUUUGGAGUGCAGCUUGUGUCUUUGUUGAGAUGUUUUCCAAGAAAGCCGUCUUUCCGGGAGACGGACGAGAAAUCAGUCAGCUUGAAAAGCUAUAUAGCAGUUUGGGAACACCAACCCGAGGCGAUUGGCCUAGCAUUGUGGACAUGCCAUGGGUUGAACUGUUGGCCCCGACGGAGAGAAAAAAGAGAGUUUUUGACGACAUCUACAAGGAGCUUCUUAGUCCUGCAGCGUUGGACCUAGUGUCUAAGAUCUUUCAGUAUGAUCCUGCAAAACGGCCCACGGCAGAAGAAGUACUCGCACACGACUACUUUGUCGCUGAAGAGCCGGGCCCACAACAGGCUACAGAACUAGAGAAUAUCCAAGGCGACUGGCACGAAUUCGAGUCCAAGGCGCUCCGGAAGGAAAAGGACCGAGAGGCCCGGAGAGAAAAGGAUAAAGAUAAGGAGAAACGGAAAGCGGUCUCUCAAGACGAAGAGCGCGAGGCGAAGAGGCUCCGGCAAGAAACAGAUGACACACACCAGUGA